AAUUACGAAAGAUAAAUUAUUUUAUACAUAUAUUCAUAUUUUGUAAAGAAAAUUGGGAAAGCCUGGCUUCCCUUGGCGUCCACAAAUGCACGGCACUGUGAAUUAACAGGUUAUAAAGAAACAACGCAAUUAUCACAAAACAUAGGUUGUAUGAUGGCUUUUUUUCUUGCCUACCCAGUGAUUUUACCCACGCACCGCUACUGGUGACACCCAUAACCUAAGAGGGCUUCAGCAGGUUGGGUGCCACCAGUAAUGACUUGAGUCUGCGCAACAUCAGACUCUGUGCAGGGCUACUGUCCAUCCCCUCUGUGGGCGUGUUUCACCACUGCAGUAUAGCUGACCAUAUGUCCAUACCGUCUAGCUUGGCCCUCUUGCAUGAGCCUUUCACUCUCUUGACAGCUGACUCUGCCAUCCCAUUGGCUCGUGGAUGGUGAGGGGAGGAGGUGACGAGUGAAUCCACACUCUGCAAUUAUUAUAAAUCUGUCUUAAUCAUAGCACCCCCCCAUUCUCCAUGAUUACACAGUCUGUUUGUCCAUGACUGGCAAACUGGACUUUGCAUCGUUUGCAGCUGCAUUAACAUACCUUGGAAACGCUUAGGGAGCUAACAUUGCCCAUUAAUGGAAGUUAGGCUAGCGAGCAAGCAUUGUAGCCAGGUAGCCUAGGACAACAAAAAAAUUAAAGCGUGUGCUGUCUGACAGGGUGAUAGACCAUUUUGUCAACAUGAAAGAGAGGAUAGCAUUGGUGUUUCUCUACAAGUAGGAUUUGUAUUCCUCACGAGAAUUUGCAGUAUUUGACGUCCCACUCAUCCAACACUCUAAACAGUGACUGUUUCUCCGUGGGUCUUACCUAGGCAGCGUAAUAAAGGUCCAUAAACAGCAGCAGAAUAGGCCUACCGUCCUGAACCUGUUAUCGUUUCAAGAUCAGAGCAGAGGACAUCAAAUCCUGUUUCCCUACAGCAGCAUCAGUGUGACAAUACAAGUAUGAGUCAGGCAAGGACAAUGAGUUUGGAAGAGCAAAUCAGGAGCUUCUCACCAGAUGCAGCAUCUGCCCUUGCAAGAGCUGGAAUUAAAGAGGACAUUGAUAUUCAAGAGUUAACAAGAGAUGAUCUGAACGAACUUCUGCCAGGCCUCAAGCAUUUCAAACUUAGAAAGAGGAUCAGUGAACUUCUAACCAAAUCUAAACAGGACACAGCUAAACCUAUCGAUUUAAUUCUUAACGAGGUUAGGGACUUCAUUUCAGCUGGUGUCAUGAAGAAUGCACUUGUUCCUGGGGGAGUGUUACAUGGCUACGUCCCUAUUCUUAGAGAUUUGGAGAAGCAGCUUGACAAAGCCCUGCACUUUAUUCAGGCACAUGUUGUACUACUUGAGAGCUACAAUAAAGAAGAGCCCAUGGAGGCUGAGGGCAAUGCUGUGUCCCCAUCAGUUGACUCUGCUACAGCAGGAAACCAGCUCAUCCUUCAUGAAUCACAAUACAUAGAUAAUGUACAUAAAGAAUCUGUUAAAGGCGCUUCAGAACGACCAGCCUUAGGCGCUGUAGAGACCCACCCCAAACGACCAAGAACAGAUGUGGAUGACAAAGGAGUAAAUCGAGGCCCAAGAAGAAAAGGAAGGAAAAGAACCUGGAAGUUGGUGGAAGUUCUCCAAUCCUUUAAUUGCAUCUGUAUUAGGAAGAAAUGAAACAAAACAUUUGCCGGGUGAGAUUCUUGGGAUAUGCUUUGUACUAAUCGAAAAUCAUUUGUUCAUGCAUUUCCUGUCAGUCCACCGUUCAUAUCAAUCAAAUUAGCAUAAAUCUCUCCUCCCCUCUCCGCUGUGAUAGCUGAUGUGAAUGAGCUUUCUAGCCUGAAAUGACUGCAAUGGAAAAUGACUGCAAUGGAAAUCCACCACUUUUCUUUUGUAUGCAACAUCUUGGGGAUAUACUGUAUGUAGUGUUGUAAUUUAAUUAUGUUUCGUUUCAAGUAGUUCAAGUCCAUUCGCAAGUGUGUGGAAAAACCCUAAACACUCAUCUUGCACUCAUGAAACAAGUGGAUAAUCUGGGACUUAAGCGAGAGGAGACCAGUGCAGAGGACUGCCAAGUCAUGAUGGUCUUCUGUCCUGUUACAUCUCGUGUGGGAACUGACAUUGAGGCUGCCAUGAGCCAAGUUCCAGGUAACAGAGAUGCCAUUCUAGUGGUGAUGCACCAUACUUAUGAUAAAAACUUUGUCACAAGCCGGAGAUCUGCAUCUCACUACAAUAACAUAGUGGAGGAAGUGAAUGUUCUCUUCCUUGACUCUGUGGGACUUCUGCAUUGUAAAACAAAUGAUGAAGCAGUGACUCUCAUACAUAAGGCCUUACAGAAAUACAACAGCAGUACUUACAGACAUUAAGUGCCCCAUUGUGGCAACACAAAGAGUCUGAAGUCUGAAAAAAGAUUACAACGCUGCCAACAUUACUUAAAAACAAAAAUUAUACGACUUCCAACCAGGGCGUUGGUGACUCAUUCUAGUUUAGAAUAAAGCAUAUCACAAUCUAUGUAGUGAACCAAAUGAAAGAUUAUCUUGCUACUCAAUAAGGACAAAAUUAGACUUCUCCCUGUAGAACCUCUGGUGUGAGUGAAUCUUUGAAGAUGGGAUGCCUCAUAUGUAUUUGUGAAUUUCAGCUUGAUCUACUUUUAGUAUUAGAAGCACUUAUUGUUUGAGGUGUUACCUACUUUGUGACAUUAUGCCUCAAUCAGAUUGAAAAGUUGUACCUACAGUAUAGUUGGACCUACAGUAUAGUUGGAC